CAGGUGGGUGCAAAAAAACAGGGGAAAAAAUUGGAGCCUACACUAUCCUGGAUGUGGAUGUUCCAAUGCUUGCUGGAUUGGCUAAUACCGAUGGUCCUCUCUAUCUAGAAUAGCUGACCUCUUUCAAAUCGAUGAAACUGAUAGCGAUUCUGAAGGCUCACAGUGUCAUUAGAGCAUUACGUCAAACAGUUGUCAUAUCUCCUUCCAAUGCUAAACUCCAUUUCAGUUUCUGCACCCAAGUUCCAACUUCGUCUCUCGGUUCAGAAACAGAGGAUGUGCAUAAUGUAUUGAAAGAAGAAAGUGAAGAAGACGAUAAGGAAUCAGAAUUAAAGAGCUUGAGUUGGAGGAUAGAAAACUUGCCCAGAGCAGAGCCGGUUGGGCCAGCUUUCCAAAGCUGGAUGGGCGAUGGCUUUCCCAUCCACAGAGGCCAUAUCUUCCAUACCAUAAACCGCUUGCGCAGGCGCAAGUCCACAAAACGCGCUCUGGAGGUUCAAUUUCUAUCUUUUCUCUUUGCUUUCUCCCUUCCUAUGAUUGUACACCAACUGUUUGACAAAAUCACUCAAACGAAUGUUUGCCAACAAUUUGGCAGGUGAUGGAAUGGGUUAUAAGGGAGAAGCCAUACAAGCCGAAGGAGCUAGAUUAUUCGUAUUUAUUGGAAUUCACUUCUAGAUUUCAUGGGGUAUCUCAAGGUGAAAGUUUGUUCUCCCGAAUUCCCUCCAAAUUGCAAAAUGAUUUACUCUACAACAAUCUAGUGCUUGUUUGCUUGGAAAGAGGGAUGAUCAGACUCUCACUAGCAUACAUGAAGAAAAUGAGAGAGCUUGGCCAUCAGAUAUCACAUCUAGUUUUUAACCGCCUUAUCAUUCUCCAUGCUUCCCCUGGACGAAGAAAAUGUAUACCGAAAAUCCUAACUCAGAUGAAAGCCGACAAGGUGACUCCGCAUGUUUCCACCUUUAAUAUUCUGCUAAAGAUUGAAUCUAAUGAUCACAACAUUGAAGGCUUGCUCAAAGUGUUUAAUGAUAUGAAGAGAGUCAAGGUUCAACCUAAUGAGGUAACAUACUGCAUUUUAGCUACUGCCCAUGCUGUGGCAAAGCUGUAUACAGUGUGUGAAACUUAUGUUGAAGCUAUUGAGAAGUCUGCAACUGGUAAGAACUGGUCUACCUGGGACAUUCUUGUUAUAUUGUAUGGGUAUUUAGGCAAACAAAAGGAGCUGGAGAGGACAUGGGGAAUCAUCCAAGAACAUCGCCAGGUUACGUCUAAGAGCUUCAUGUUGGCUAUUGAAGCAUUUGGGAGGAUUGGAGAUCUAAACAGAGCCGAAGGACUGUGGUUGGAAAUGAAAUCAGAAAAGGGUUUGAAAUCAAUUGAUCAGUUCAACUCGAUGAUAGCGGUGUACUGUCGGCAUGGUCUGGUCACAAAAGCAACUAUGCUGUAUAAAGAGAUGGGGGCAUGUGGGUUGAAAGCAAAUUCCAUAACUUUCCGACAUCUUGCUUUAGGUUGCUUAAAAGCCGGACUAAUGAAGGAAGCCAUGAAAACUCUGGACCUUGGGAUGGAUAUGACUACAAGCAUAAAGGUCAAAAGGUCGACUCCAUGGCUAGACACUACUCUUUCAAUAAUUGAAAUUUUGGCAGAUAAUGGGGAGCUCGAAAUGGUAGAGAAGUUGUUUGAAGAACUGAAGAAAGCAAAAUAUAUAAGGUACACAUUUGUGUACAAUGCAUUGAUUAAGGCAUAUGUGAAGGCAAAUGUAUAUGAUCCCAAUCUUCUAAAAAGGAUGGUGUUAGGAGGGGCCAGGCCAGAUUCUGAGACUUACAGUUUACUAAAGCUCAUUGACCAAUUCAAAACUUGACGCUAAUUGUGGAUGCAUGUUCUCAUCUGUUACUCAUGUUAUUUAUCUUCUUUUUUUGGGUGAUUGCAUUGCUAAUGGGAAACAAUUGUUGAUACAUAUUGUGUUCCACCUUUAUAUUAUAUUGCAGAGAAAAUUAUAGAUUUUGUUGUUGCUGAGAGAAAUAGAUUAUGAAGUGAAAGUUUGCUAUUGAAUUGUUUGGAA